AAGACGUUAACUACAGGUACACUCUUUUUUUAGUCUCUUGAACAUCAAAUUAUUCUCACCGAAUAAGCAUAAAGAAAGCUUUCCGUACUAUAAAAAAACGAUCAUCCGGUUUCACUCUUCUCCUCUUGUUGUUCUUGCCUUUGAUGUAUGUCUGCCUCUACUGAUCCAGAUCAAGAGGAAUAUCAACAUCAACCAAUACGGUCACCAGAUUCACCUAGAAUCGAUUCUCCCUCUUCCUCUAAUUCUUCACAAGAUCAUCUUUUGGGCGCAUUCAGUGAUCAAAGAUCAAUCAAGAUGAUGCAAAGAUCCGAUUCAUACAAAUCCAAAAAGGACGGGUCGAGUGAAGGAGAAGAACGUUCGGAGCCUGGAACUAGAAAUGCUGCCGGUGGUCAAUUAUGGACGGGUGUCGCUCCUGUCCCUGAUACAGAUCGCGUGAGCAGAGAUAGCGAUCUGAGUUUAAGUGAUCUCUUUGAUCCUCAACGAACGGCAAAAGAAAACAAAUCACUAUUGAUGAGUUAUGAAUUGGACAGAAUGGAAAUGGGAAGGUAUCAAUGGUGCAUCUUUGGUUUGUGUGGAUUAGGAUACUUUAUUGAUCUUCUUUGGGCUCAAGCACUGGGAUUGAUCGCUGUCCCUCUCAAAAAUGAACCUACAUUCGAAGCAAGUGAUACAAAUAUCGCAACUCUCUCCACCGCUUUCAACGUUGGAUUAACCGUAGGAGCAUUCACUUGGGGAAUAUUGGUGGAUGUUGUAGGAAGGAGAUGGUCUUUCUACUUGACAUGCUUGUUCUCAGGCGUUUUCGGUAUUGCAACCGGUGGUUCCAAUUCUUUCCUCACUUUGCGUAUCUUGACCGCUUUUGUCGGUUUUGGAGUAGGUGGUAAUAUUCCAAUCGAUACGACGAUCACCUUGGAAGCUUUACCCACCCGAAGACGAUUCUUGUUGGUUUUGCUCUCACUCUUUCAACCUGUUGGUGUUUUGGUCGCUUCGGGUAUCGCAUAUGGUUUCAUUCCCACAUAUAGCUGUGCAAGUGGUUCGGCGGAUAUCUCUGGGAAUGCAGCAGCGGAAGCAUCGUGCACAAGUCAUGAGAAUCGUGGUUGGCGUUAUUAUUUGUUUACCUUGGGUGCAAUUACGAUGGGAAUCUUUUUGUUACGGUUUUUAGUUUUCACAUUUCAUGAAUCUCCGGCAUUCUUGAUCAAUCAGAGAAGGGAUGAAGAGGCAAUUGCCGUUGUAAAGAGAAUCGCAAAAACAAACAAAGCUCCCCAACCACAAUUCACCAUUCAAGAUUUCCAAGAGAUCGAUCGAAGAUGCGCAGAAUUACAUGGUGGAUCAGAAGACUCUGAUGAAGAUGAUCUCGUAUCGCCAGGUAAUGGUGGAUCGGUGAGACGUGAAACUUACUUGCAAUCCUUUAGACGUGCUAGUAGGACAUUUGUUACCCAAUUCAAAAACUUACGUAUCCUUUUCCGUUCUCCCAUCAUGGCAAGAGCAACAAUUCUACUAUGGCUUACAUAUAUGGCCGAUUUCUGGGGCUUCAACAUCGCCGGUUUCUUCUUACCACAAAUCUUGGCAGCACGUGGAGCAGCAGCAAAAGUUCCACUUUCAGAGACGUAUCGUGAUUAUGUUGCCAUAUAUGCACCUGGUAUCGUGGCAUGCUUAUUAGGAGGAUUGCUUAUUGAAAUUCCACGUUUAGGCAGACAAUGGAGUAUGGUGAUCGCAUCUGCAUUGAUGGCAGUCAGUAUGUUUUUGUACACGAUUGUCGAUUCACAAGCAGCAAGUGUUGGUUUGAAUGUGUUGGAGUACUUUAUGCAAAGUUUAUUCAACGCAAUCUUAUAUGCUUAUACGCCUGAAGUGUAUCCAUCAGCCAUUCGAGGAACAGCAGCAGGAUUUACGUCUACACUUGGUCGUGUGGCAGGUAUCGUUGCUCCAUUGGCAGGAGGAGCUUUGUUUGGAGGUGGUGGUGACACACCUGAAGACAAGAUUCAAGCAUACAAGAAUGUUUUGUAUUUGGGAGGUGGUGUUACAUUAUUAUGUCCUGUUGCUUUGGCAUUGUUGCCAUUUGAAACACGUGGUGUUCGUUCGUAUUAGCAUUUAUCAUCUUUUCUUUGUAUCAUCAUUUUAUCUAUUGCAACACAAUUUAUCCGGAUUC